AACCUUCAUCCUGAGCCUAUGAGAGCGCCGAAAGGGCGGUGCGGCCGGGCAGGGAUUGGCGGCGGGGCCGGGCCAAUGGGGGCGCGGCCGGGGGCCUAUAUAAGGAGGCGGCAGGGCGCGGGGCAGCGCAGUGCUCAGCGUAGCCGGUGGCGGGCGGGGGGCGGCGCGGGCCGGUUUGUUGCAGCGUCCCCUCCGGGCACCGACCGCGCCUCCCCGCCUCCGCCCCGCGGGAGCAUUCCUCUCAGCAACAGCUUUUUUUUGUUUGUUUGGUUUUUUUGGUUGGUCGGUUUUGUUGGGUUUUUCCCCCCCCCUCCUCCUUUUAAAUUUUCCUCCCGUUUCCCCCCCCCAUCUAACCCGGCACUUCCGGCUGGUUUCCGGGCCGUUUCCGGGUGACUCGAGCUCUUCUUCCGGUGGCGUUUCUCCUGGCGGGGAGGGCGAUGCUGGCGGCGGUGGCGGGGCCCGCUCCGGGCUCCUCGGAGCAGCGCGGUGCCGGAGGCCGCUUCAGCGUCCUGACGUGGGAGCAGGUGCAGCGGCUGGACCAGAUCCUGGGCGAGGCCGUGCCCAUCCACGGCCGCGGCAACUUCCCCACGCUCUCGGUGCGGCCACGCACCAUCGUGCAGGUUGUCCGUAGUCGCCUGGAGAAGAAAGGAAUUGCAGUUCAUAACGUAAGGUUGAAUGGCUCAGCAGCUAGUCACGUUCUACAUCAAGACAGUGGUUUGGGUUACAAAGACCUAGAUCUCAUCUUUGGUGUAGAUCUGAAGACCGAAGAUGUCUUCCAGCUUGUUAAAGAUGUGGUCAUGGACUGCCUUCUUGACUUCCUCCCAGAAGGUGUCAACAAAGACAAGAUCACCCCCAUGACUCUGAAGGAGGCGUACGUGCAGAAGCUUGUGAAGGUAUGCAACGAGACCGACCGCUGGAGCCUCAUAUCACUCUCCAACAACAGCGGCAAGAACGUGGAGCUCAAAUUCGUGGACUCUCUCAGACGGCAGUUCGAGUUCAGUGUGGACUCCUUCCAGAUCAUCCUGGAUUCGCUUCUGCUGUUUGGGGAGUGUUCAGAGAACCCCAUGGCUGAGAACUUCCACCCCACAGUCACUGGGGAGAGCAUGUACGGGGACUUUGAGGAGGCAAUGGACCAUCUCCGGAACAGGGUCAUCGCCACGAGGAACCCGGAGGAGAUCAGAGGUGGGGGGCUUCUGAAGUACUGCAACCUCUUGGUGAGGGGGUUUAAGCCCAAAUCGGAAGUGGAUAUGAAGGCACUACAGAGAUACAUGUGCUCCAGGUUUUUCAUAGACUUCUCUGACAUCGGCGAGCAGCAGAGGAAGCUGGAGUGCUACCUUCAGAGCCACUUUGUUGGGAUGGAGAGCAAAAGAUAUGACUAUUUGAUGACCCUCCACAGGGUGGUCAAUGAGAGCACAGUCUGCCUUAUGGGACACGAAAGGAGGCAGACCCUGAACCUCAUUGCCAUGCUGGCUGUGAGAGUCCUGGCUGAGCAAAACAUCAUCCCCACGGUCACAAACGUUACCUGCUACUACCAGCCAGCUCCUUACGUCAGUGAAAUCAACUUCAACUACUACGUCACCCACGUGCAGCCCUUCCUGCCUUGCAAUCAGUCCUACCCAACGUGGCUUCCCUGUAACUGAGCCAGGACAAACUUCAGGGUCUGUCCUCCAAGGUAUUUCCUUGCCUUGGGGAGCAGGGAGGGUGGGGGUGGGUGGGCAAAAAAAAAAAAGACCUUUCUAGAACUGCAACAAAAGGAAACUUCCUGGACUCUCGCUUGAGCGUCUUGUUCCUGGGGUUGUUGGAACGAGGCCUGUCUGCUGUACACUGUGAUGGGAAGUGCAGUGUUACGGAAACUAGAGGAUUGGGACGUUUACAGGAAGAUUGGAUGGCUUAUUGAAUUCUGGAGGCAAUGGGGGAGGGUGGGGGUGUGUGAGGGGAGAUUGUAGAAUUACGCUAAGGUAGAGCUGCACUGCCCUGGAAUGGAUCUGAAUUGUGUUUUAGUGCGGGAGGUGUUAUGGGUGUGCAGACUUGUGGUUUCUGAAGAUAGAAGCCAGAGUGGCUAAUUCCUUUGAAGGACCAAAGAAUCCUGUUUAAGUGCCUGUAACAAUACAAACACAACUGUACUGUAAACCUUAUUUUUUUGCAGGGGCUGACAUCCCAAGAGCUUGAGUGGGGAUGUCCGAAGAGGAAAAUGUUUCUGUUUGGGGGGUGGGUGGGUCAUAAGAUCAUUUCUAGUAACCUCGCCAAAGCAAGACUGGGAUUGCAGGUUACAUGUCGCUGAGGUUUUUGGCAUGGCUUGCUGCCUGUGAAGGACGAGCUGUAGCAAAUAGCUGUCUCAAAGUGGAGUUGCAUAAACAGGGGUGGGCUUUGAAUGACUCUGUAAAUGCCUAAAACUGGGGGCACUGGGGUGGGGGGGGAGUGCAUGGUGGAAAAUGCUGUGCAGAGCUUUAUGGAGAAGAGGCAGCAGGGACCUACAUAGGAAUUUACUCAAGCUCCCAAGUCUGCAGUGCCAAAAUGUAAGUGUGUACAUAAACGAUGAGGCAGAAGAUCUGUCCAGGAGCCUGCCCCAGGCUACCGUACCUAAUUGUGUAUUUUCUAGGGGAAUUUGAAAUGCUGCUUUUUUUUUUUUGGCAUGCAGUGUGGUUUUAAUGCACAAAGCCAGAGGCCAGCUGGAUUAUCUGGGAAGAUGAGGCUUGUCCUUUGAAGCACAAACCAACUGGUUCACUAGUCAGUUAUCUCCAGCUGUUGCUGUGAUGGGGGCUGGAGCCCAUGUCCUUCUAGGAGAUAGGUAGACCUCUUCCAACCUCUAGCCUGCUAUGGCUGGAGAUCUUCCCUCGGGCAGGUUCUAUCUUCAAAAGCAGCCUAUUUCCAGCUACAUAAUUCCACAUGUGAGCCACAGAUAGCAUUUGAAAUUCAUUCUCUAGCUAGAAAUGGAGCUUGUGGGGAGGUGGGGUUGUGCAAAAGUCAGUUGGCCUUAGGAAAAAGUAUGUCUUCUCUAAACAAACCCUCUCGUGUCUUGAGGGUAUGGCUCUUAGUCAAAAUGUGGCUUUGAAGUUGUUGGGUGUCGAGAGCACAAACAGUCUUUCACUGAGGUGCCUGGAUUGCCGUGCCCGUUCUCGUGAAACAUCAUCUCACUUAACUAUGCACGGAUGGAGAGGUGGGCGAGCAAGCAGGCACUCCUAGAGAUGCUGCUCUGGGAACACCGUGACUUCAUGGUGCUCCCUCCGAGGCUGACAUACUUGAGUAUCUUUAACUUGUUUUUUUUUUUUGUUUUUGUGACAAAACUGUAAUAGCUGGGCAGACUGAACACUCUAAUAAAGACUAGAUCCUUGGAAUGUGUAUAGCCAGAUUGCUACCUUUUUUGGGGUAGGGGCGAUGUGGAGUGGGCAUAAGGGGUGGGGAGGGAGUGAUUUGGGGGCUCUCGUACUUAACAUCAACUAACCGAUUUGAAACUGGUCCAGCUUCGCUUCCUCUCCAGUCAGAGCUGAAGAAGUGUCGCUAAUGAUGUAGUUAUUACAGGUUUAACUGCCUUCCCGUAGAGCAGCUUUGCCUUCAUGGACAAGGCUGGCGUGUAGACUCUGCCCCAGCCCUCCCUGCUGCCCAGAGCCUGAUCCCCGUGGUGGGAGCUUGAGAUUUUCCCAGCGCAAGGUAAAACUGGUUUAAGGGCUGCUUUUGAGAUCCUAAGUAUGCCGCCUUCAUGGCUUCAAGGGAAGAUCUUUUUUUUUUUCUUGCAUUUUAAACUUCAGAUGAACAUAGAUGACAUGUAGCAUGCUUUUUUUUUUUACAGGCUGCUUACCCUCUACCCACAAACACAUAGACGCACUAAACUGAGAUUCCCUCCUUCCCGUUUAAGAUGUCAAAAAGAUUCCCUACAGCCAACAGCUCGACAGGGCAACUUACAUUGAGAUUGCACUUUUGAUUUAUGGAGUGUGUGUGGUGGGACUCUUGUGAAUGGGUUGAAUCUGAAUUUUUCUAGACCUUGCAGUGAUACUGUGCUGCCUCCUGUGAGGGGGCAAUUGGAAGAUUCCAGUAGCUUGAAUGGCACUUGAUUUUGUUUUAAAUGUGUUUUUUUUUCCUACACCUGUAUCACUUGUCAUGCGAUGGGCUUGACAUAGACUCACUAGAUUCUUUAGAAUCUGUUACAAAUAAAUACAGUGUAUUCAAA